AUGGCAUUAAGUACCUUCCAAAUAAUUGUAGUUCAAUUAGUCUCACACCAAAUUAAUUUUAAUUUUUUCUUGAAAUUUAUUUUGUUAAUAAUUUGUAUUAAUUUUAAUGAGGCUAAUAAUCAAUUUUUCGACAAAUCCAUCCCAGAUGCAGAAACACUCCUCACCCAAGCAGACUUUCAUAGAGUCACACAAAGACAGAAAAGACAACAACCUACCGAUACAAAUCCAAAUAAUAUAAAUGACUCUGCCAUGUAUAAUAAAGAAAGAUUUGAAGGGGAUAUUUUGACUGCGGUAAACCCUGCAGCUUCCCUACCUUUGAAAAAUUCGGUAAAUGAGGAUUCUGCGGUUAAAACGCAAGAUGGGCUACAAAGGAAUGCUGUAAGACAGUCUUAUUUGAAAUGGCCGCGAGCUCGGAUACCUUAUACAGUUAGUAGUCAAUAUACAAGUUAUGGUCGUGAACGUAUUGCUGAAGCAAUUGACGAAUAUCACAAGAAGACUUGUGUUGAAUGGACACCUAAAGCAGCAAAUGAUAUUGACUAUGUACACAUUUUACCGGAUGAUGGUUGCUAUUCUUUGGUGGGAAAAGUCAGUCUAGGUGAAGGUUGCAUGACCAUAGGAAUUGUGCAUUCUGUUGGGUUUUUCCAUGAACAAAGUAGGACAGAUCGUGAUGAUUAUGUUAAUAUACUUUGGGACAAUAUUGACCCAACCUUAAGAGAUCAAUUCGACAAAUACUCUCAAAAUAUGAUUGACUAUUUGGGGACGAGAUAUGAUUAUUCUUCUGUAAUGCAUUAUGGACCCUUAGCAUUCAGUAAAAAUGGGAAGCCAACAAUCGAACCAAAAGAGAAAAGUGUAACCAUUGGUCAACGUUUAGGAUUUAGUCCGACAGAUUUAUACAAAGUCAAUAAGCUCUAUAAUUGUCCGAAUUCAAACACUAAUCCACAACAACAGCAGACUUCUCAACAACAAAAACAGGCACAAUUACCUGUACCUAUUUCGGUUGUUUCCACUUCUGGAAGUGUUGCUUCAAGUAAUAGUAAAUGUAUAGAUUUGUUGAAUGAAUGUCCAUAUAUAGCUAAUAAAGGUGGAUAUUGA